UAGGACAGAUUAGCCCCGUCUUGGGCGUAGGAGUUUGUUCUCACAAUUUUAGUAAGCACAUCUGUGAUUGGAGCUUGAUGAAUCGGUUGGUCAUGGACUCUAUUUCUAGUGUUUGUAUUUAUGGUUGGACAUCCAGUUCAUCUGGGUUUUGAUUAGUUGAGAAAGGAUCUCAGAUCUUUCCUCAAACCACAAUUUUAGGGCAGUUUCCCAUGAAUAAUGUAUGCAAAGCAGCAGGGGAACUCAAUCUUACAGUUCUGAUGAGAGUGGCCGCAAGCUUGGAGUCACGUUUCGUUACGACAACUGCUCGCUCAACUGGAAUCCAAUGGGGAAACACGCUAUCCAUGAAGUGAACAACAUCACCUUCAGUCACAUGUCUUGUGACAGCCAGGCAGCUGUGGUGGUACACUGGAUGGCCAGUCCACUCGGUAUUGAACACGUCAAAGGAUUCCGGGUGUAUUUGGAGGACAAGAACCCUGAGGGAAAACAAUGCCAACACAUGAUUCUGAAAGAUCCACGACAGCUUAAUUUCUCUUACAAAACUGUUAAGAUGAGCUCUCAACCUUUCACGGGACUCGCCUUUGAGACAGACUACAUGGUCAGAAUUGUGCCGUUUCCCACGUUCUUGAACGAUAGUUUUUUUCCGCCAUCUUUCCUACACACUAACAGUUGUGAAGUCCUUCUUGGCCCAGAUAACAUCAUCUGCAAACCAUUUUGGAAGCCAAAGAUGCUCAAUGUAUCUCAACUCGGCUCUAACUUGCAUGUUGUGUUUGACCACGCCCCCUCAUCGUUUGGAUUCAGCAUCUAUUAUCUGUACUACAAGCUGAGACAGGAAGGGCCCUUCAGACUCAAGCGCUGUAAACCCAAAAAUUACAGCAUACUGGUUUGGAACAACAUGAGGGAGCAAAAUGGCCCCAAAACAACAUGCGUUUUACAAGAUGUAAUUCCAGGAACUUAUGCGAUAGAGCUUCGUGAUGAUAAUAAUACAACCAGAAAACAGACGCAGUACUAUGUGAGCCAAGUGCAUUCGCCGUGGGCCGGACCGAUCCGCGCAAUGGCCAUCACUGUCCCUUUGGUCAUCAUGUCUGCCUUUGCAACUCUCUUCACCGUCAUGUGCCGCAAGAAACAGCAAGAGAAUAUCUACUCCCACCUGGAUGAAGAGAGUUCAGAGUCUUCCUCUCAAACCACCGCUCUGAACGCUGAGAAGCCUUGGCCGAGACCCAAGAUCUUCAUCUGUUACUCCAGUAAAGACUGCCCAAAGCAUCUCGCCGUCAUCCAGAGCUUUGCUUUCUUCCUGCAGGACUUCUGCGGCUGUGAGGUUGCUUUGGAUCUCUGGGAGCACUUGGAGAUCUGUAAAGAAGGUCAGAUGGCCUGGCUCAGUAGACGUAUUGAUGAAGCCCACUUCAUCAUCACUGUCUGCUCCAAAGGCCUGAAGUAUUUCGUUGAGAAAAGACACCGUAAAGGCAAGGCCACAUCUAAAGAGAACAACAAGGAGUCAGGAGAGGGCAGCAGCAGGGACCUGUUCAUCGUUGCCACCGCCAUUAUAGCGGAAAAAAUCUGCGAGGUGCACCAGAAGUCCUCAGACGUCUCCCGUUUCAUGGCCGUCUACUUCGACUACUCCCAUGAGAGUGACGUGCCCACUUCACUCAGCCUGGCACCCAAGUUCAAGCUAAUGGACCAGUUGCCCCAGUUGUUCGCCCGACUUCAUUCGCGCCAGCUUAGCUUGACCGAUCGUGAGCCGCAGCCACCCAACGUUAGUAAGCGCAAUUAUUUCCGCAGCAAGUCUGGUCGGUCGCUUUACGUGGCCAUUUGCAACAUGCACCAGCACAUUGCACAGGAGCCGGACUGGUUCGAAAGGCAACUCAUGCCCCCACCUGCACCGAACAAACGCGAGCGUGUCGCACCACCUCCAGAGAAGCUCGACUCUGGGCUUUUACUUAACGAGGUGAAAUUAAAGCAUCCCUCUGAGAGUGACUGUCCGAUUAGGAGUAAUGUCCUGAUCCUGCAGACUUCGCCAAAAUUGGCAGCGCUCUCGUUGUCAGGACCGUCUUUGAAUUCAUUGCAAGAUGAAUUUGGGGAAGGAUCAUCGAGACAGGAAGCAACAGGGUCACCAAGACCUGUUCUCCACAUGGAUGGCUCAGCCAGUCCACCCGAGAUGCCCAGAGACUCAGGAAUUUACGACUCAUCUGUGCCAUCGUCAGAACUCUCAAUUCCGCUGAUGGAAGGACUUAACCCUGAUCUCGCCGAUAGCUCCUCACUGGCCGAUAGUGUGUCCUCCUCCUCAGGACUUGGUGAUGAGGAGCCCCCUGCUGUCAGCUCACUGCAUUGCACAGGACCCACAAUAUGCAAAGCAGAACUUUAUCACAACAUACAACAGAGUGAAGGACUUAUAGCCGCAGCCUCCACCUAGUGGCCUUUACCUGAACUGCAUCGCCACUUUAAUUUUCAAACAACACAUCCUUCCCAUCACAUUCCUUUCAGACAUCCCUUGAAUCUUCAUCAAAGAACAUCUUCGACAGACUGGAUUUUAAUGGAUUGAACAUGGCCGUGUCUGAGAACUGGACCUAACAUCUGGCGGUUAUUUAACCAAAGAGGUUCUUGAUGUUUGUAGUGUUCGCAUUACAGCAGCGUACAGAGAGAUUAAACUGAUGCAUUGCUUGCAAUAAUCAAUUCACCACAGCAACAAACAGACUAAUCUCGAUCAUUAAUUGGUCUACAGAGUCAUUUUAAAAUGUAAUUUCACUUAUUUAUUGUAUUAACCUGCUUCAGUUCUGUGGGAUAACAUGAAAAGCAAUAGACUCAAAACGCAUGUAGAUUAGCACUUUGUGUUGAUAUCGUCUCGCUGAAGCUAUUUUAAGAUAACACUUGGUUUUAUAAUGAAAUCAAGAGCUUUUGGGAAUAUUUUUAUGCCUAAAUUGUUCAGUUAGAAUAGAUCAUAUAAAUGAGUCAAAAUGUACACAAGCACAGCAAGGGAAGUACAAGCUAAGAAUUGCGACGGGGUUUUGUUCAUUUGUUGAGAUUCUCUUUUCAUUUUUGUGUACGUUGUUUUAUUCAGAUUUUGUGCGUUUUAUUUUUUUUUAUAAUAUUAGAAGUCAUUUCUACAUUUUAAUCUUUGUACUGUUUUAUAGUACUCUAAUGUAGGAGAAAAACUGUUAAUAAACAAAGUUUA